UAUUUUUCCACGCAUUCCGGUCUACGGGGAUCCACGCGCGCCCACAGAGAGCAUCUCCUGUGCGAGUGUGGCCAGUUGUCUGCGUGCAGGGAAUGACGACUGCUUUCAAGACGAGCAAAGCUUUAAAGGUCAAGAAGGAAGCGGGCGAGAAUGCCCCGGCCCUCAGCGACGACGAGCUGGUGGCCAUGUCCGUGCGGGAGCUCAACCAGCACCUGCGCGGGCUGACCAAGGAGGACGUGGUGCGACUGAAGCAGCGGCGGCGCACGCUCAAGAACAGAGGCUACGCCGCCAGCUGCCGCAUCAAACGCGUCACCCAGAAGGAGGAGCUGGAGCGCCAGAAGACCGAGCUGCAGCACGAGGUGGACAAGCUGGCCCGCGAGAACGCCAGCAUGCGGCUGGAGCUGGAGGCCCUGCGCGCCAAGUACGAGGCGCUGCAGUGCUUCGCCAGGACUGUGACCCGCGGUGGGCCCCUGUCGCCGGGCAAAGUGGCCACCACCAGCGUCAUUACCAUCGUCAAGUCCGCCAAGACCUCCUUCUCGGCAGCGUCCUAGUGUCCGCUGGACUGGGCUCUCCUCAUCCUAUACCGAGAGGAAGCUCAGUAGUAAGACUGAAGGAUGAUGGACGGGGUGACAAGCUCCACGAUAUCUUAUGCUGCGUGCACGACUCUCCCUUUCUUCUGUCCUUUAUCUUCACACCUUCAAUGCGUCCACAAACCUGACAUCUGCGUCGGCUUUGGGGCCUUUUCCCAAUCCUUUCCGUUUACACUUUGGCACAACAUUCCCAACCUUUUUUGAGGGGUUUUACAUUCUACAGGGUUUCCCAAAAGGCCCCAAAAUACAGUACACUUCCUUUUUUUCCUGUUUCAUUUCAGGUAUCAUUCGCCUUUGCCAAUGGGCAUUGGAUCAGUGUCACCCAACUGUAGUUCAGGGUCAGUUCAAACUGAUCCAAAGCGUAGUACAAUUUACGCAAUCCAUGGCAAGUUUCUCAAAGCAAGAUCUGUUUUUGACAAAUAACGCAGCGGAAGGAAUGCUACUACCAUCACUGAUGGAAACAACAAACCUCUAGAGCAGGCGUUCACGCAACACCAGAAGUCUACACGGACGACUGCAAUGGAACUCAACAAAAUGUCGAUUCAGCGGCUGCGUCUCAGUCGUAAAGCUCGCUCCAUACUAAUUUUAUCUUGUUCAAAGGCUUCUAACAAAAACUGCAGCGCCGAAGCUGUCAAAUCCUGAUGGCCUCAAUUCUGUCUGAAUGACACCUGAAACCAAAAAGCAAGUGUAUCGUGACUUUUGGGACACCCCGUAUUUGCACUGUGUAAACCAGCCGCCCCUUCCCCCUGACACCGUCCCAACAGCACCGGAGAGGUAAAAGGUCCUCUUCUUGAACGACGGCAGACAUGUAGAAAAGAAAGAAACCGCGUCCGACAAGCCUUCAGGAAGCAGCACCGGUCCAUAUUCUUGUUUUGAACAUAUGUAAAACCACACCAAAUCAUUUCCAAGCACACAAAGUGUUGCCGAAGCGAAUGGCUGAGAGAUCACUUUCAAUGAACUACCAGAUAUUUGCGUGCCUAGCAGUCCACUCUGUUAGCGGAGCCAGGGGAUUAAGUUUUACUUGCAGUCGAGCAAACUACGUAGAUUGCAUUUCGACUCGUGGAGUUAUUUGUCUUUUUUGACAAUUUCACACCACCCACCAUCUUCCCCAUUCAUUUUCCUUUUUUUUUUUUUUUUGAAGCUGUAAGUACAGAAGGACGACACGAAUCAAACAGUCAGGAAACUAACGGAUCGUCACGAAAAAUGUGCUGCCAAAACUUUGCUGCAAGAGAGCCUGAUACAAGCUAGCAGCUAUAUUCUAUACAACGGCACUUAUUGUGUGAAUGCUCAGAGACAAGCACAAACAAAAUAUAUUACUUUUGCUCUCGUAACGUUACAACGUCAUCAAAUUGCGACAUUUCUUUUAUUAAAACUUUAUUUUGUACAAAUCCAACAGUUGUUUUUUUUUAAAUUAGGACUUAGCUCUUUCAUAACUGACUAUUUUCCGAAAAUGGGACCCUUUUUCUCAAAGUUGCGACCUGAUUGUAAUAUUUUUUUCCGUCACAUUACUCAAGUCUCUUAACAUUUGGUUGUAAUAUUUUCCCCUCAAAAGCAUUACAAUUUAUUCUGUUAACAUUAUUCCUUGAAUUCUUUAGAAAACAACAAAACAAACAAGAUUUCAACAAAAAAAUAAAGUUAAAUUAUAAAUAUUCAAAAAGGAGUUGGAAUAAGUGAAACAUAUUUACUCCUACCCCUAUCUGUACUCAUCUUUUGUUUUUGUAAAAUUCAUUUUUUUUCUCAUAAGAUGGGUCAUUUUUCCAUAAACGUACAACUUUAUUAUUUGUCUUAAUAUCCCGACUUUUCCAAUUAAUUACACGUUUCUUGUAAACCUGUGAAUAAGGUUUUGGGAGUAAAAUUAGGUAUUUUCUUAUUACAAAUGUUUGGGAUUUACACAAAAUCGGUUACUAUAUUACCAUAACAUUACAACUUUUUUCAUCAAAUUCCAAUUUGAUUGUCUCGUUUGAAUUUUGUGAAAUUAUGAUGUUCUCAUAUUUUGUUUUGGUGGUUGAAAAGUCACCAUGUAGUCUAUUUGCUCAGAUUAUUAUUUGUUUGUGUGUGUAAAAAUCUAAAUUUUGGGGGAGGGAUUAGGACUUAAUUCUCACAUUUCAGUUUUUACACAGAUGUACGAGUUUAUUUUCCCCGAUUGUUCUCGAACAACGUGUGCUUACCAUUUAUUUUUGUGUCAGUCCUAACACUUAUUGGAGAUGAAGCAGAAUAGAGAAGGAACGAUGUCAUUGUAUCCUCCCAAAGCACUUACGAAUCGUCCCAAUCUGAUUGCACUGACGUCAUCCCCAACAGUUUGCUGCCCAAGCCCGCGAGUAUUUGCAUUAUAGUAUAUGGGGAUUGGCGAACGAUUGUUUAUAGCCCUCAAUUAUUUUAUUUUAUUAUUAUUUGUUUUCAAUUGGUAUUUGUACUUUGCAAAGGCAUCUCUCAGCAUUCACACACAAUUUUGAGUAGACUGCAAUUUCUAGUUCGGUUAUUUUUGCCUCUUAAGUGCCACUCUCUGGAAAGUAAUCCAUAUUGGAUAAAGUUAAAAUAACUUAAUGACAGGUCUUUACGAGUGAAAUACUUCCUGUACAUUAAAGCUUUGGACUUCAGGCUAGCUUUCAGUUGUGGUCAAUCGACUCCGUCCAGAAAGUAAAAGCGUCAUUCCUACAGCAGAGUAAAACCAAGUGCUGCUGCUGCUGCUGGUGACUCAGAGACUUUUUUUUUUUUUGCAUUGCUUUUAGACACUUUUUUUAAAAAAUAAAAAAAUAAAAACAUUUUUCAUGAUAGAACUCCUGAUGCUCGCCUUGUAAGCAGGUAGACAAUAAAGGAACCAUUUGUUGGCAUGGCAACCAAAUGCAGUAAACACCCACACUCUUAAAGCCUCCUCAAGCGAGGACUCAAUGUUUAAAAACAAAACGAAACAAAAAAAAUUUUUCUCAUGUCAAGAUCUCUUGGCCAAGAGAACAUGACUGUUGCCCUCCCCCCCAAAAGAAAAACAUUUAUUUUGGGGUCUUUGCUGCUGUACAACCUGCUGUGACCUUACAGCUGUUGUUACUCUCAUUUUGUACUUUGUACAUCUUAUGUCCUCUUCCUGACAACACAUAGGUUUUAUAUGCUUAAGUACAUGACAUAAAUAUAUAUUACAUAUUUUUCUAUAUUUAUGUUACUAUACUGGGAGUGGUGUGAUUUACGCAACUGUUCUUUUAAAGUUGACUUUGUAUAUUGAUACUGAAAAUGUGUCUGUACAGUACAUUUACAAUGAGAAAAAUACUAUUGUCAUGACUUUGUAAGUAUUUAUAGGCCACGGAUAGUUGCUCUCAGCACAGCAUUUUUUUUUUUUUUAAUUUUUAAUGUCAACAUGACUGAGGUUACACACAAGAUGCAGUUUUUGUUUUCCUUCACUUGAAUAAAUUGACCUUCUGACGGUUCACUUUUACGUAAAAAGUGCAAAAUCCAGACGCCCGAUGUGGGCUGAAACGUUUGACUCCCAUGUGUCAUAUAAGCAUGCAUGUACAGCACACCUUGUAUGUUAUUGGUGACUCUUAUUUUUCCGACCUGAUGAUGGUAAUGCUUUUAUAACAGCCGAUAAACCUUACCUGAAAAGAAUUCCCAGAGCUGCAAAAUUCUCUCCCUCCACAAUAAAACGUGAGACACACACAACAACAAAAGUACAUUUACAUACUCAACUUUUAUGCUGACAGUGACCUCAUGUGGUAAAACAAGGUAUUGUUGAAUCUCAGCACUUAAUGUUGACAAGUACAGUACAACUACAGUAUACCCUUUUUAACGUGUCAAAAUAAAAUACAAACCGUUUUUCCAGGUGAAUGGAGUACAUUGUUGGUUCCCACAUUCAUGCCACCUGUACAAAAUCAAACAAAAUUAUUAUUAUUAUUUAUUUUUAUUUUUUUUACACAAAGCAGAUAAAAGCAACAUGCAUGAUACAAAGAUGAAGACAUUACCUUUUUGGCUGUUUUUAUCGGUCAUCUUCUUCCACACGUGACUUCUUUGACUCACGACAUAGUCUAGAAGUCUUCAUUGAAUUAUUUAGUCGACCAGCAAAACAAGCUUACACAAUGUUAAAAAUGUUUAUCCCUUCCAAAAAUCUUCUAUAGAGAAUGUGGAUGUGGAGGAAAUGCACUGCAAAUUUGUGUCAAUUCUGUGGAGGCCAAUUGAGCUGCAAGGCAGCAGCACAGAUGCCAUUGCUCUGCUCUUGCAUAUUUAUUUCAUUCAUCGCUUCAAUUUUUAUUGGUAAGACGCCUAAAUUAUUUUUGUCGACUUUCACGUCCUUCCGUGUCCUUCUCCUCCGAUGAGCUAUUUUAGCGUAUAGAUCCAACUGUGUUCGUCUCUGCUGCAUUUUUUUCCCCCCACUAUGCUAAAUUAUUCCAUGACAAUGUGUCUGCUGUCUUGUUUUUAUACUCGCAAAUAAAGAUUUCUCCUCGUUAAAAGACUGCUACAAAUGAGCUCACUUUAAAUCAGUCACAGACACACAAAGGUGUUUUUAUUUCGCAUUAUUUCAAAUUCCACUUGCACACAUACACACACACACACACACAGGUGUUUU